AUGAGUUCCAUGUCGGUCUGUACUGUAGCUUUCCUCCUCUUGCCGGCCUUGUGUGCUUCAGACGACCGGCUUGUCCCAGGCAAGCCGCUCCUGCCCGGCACCACCGUCAUAUCCGAUGGUGGUGAUUUCGCCUUGGGCUUCUUCUCCCCGUCCAAUUCCACACCGGAGAAGCUAUACCUUGGUAUAUGGUACAACAACAUCCCCCAAUUCACUGUGGUGUGGGUUGCUAAUCGAGAAACACCGGCCAUGUCCUCAUCAGCUCCUUCCCUUGUUAUCACCAACAACACAUCUGAUCUUGUCUUGUCCGAUGCCAACGGCCGCGUUCUCUGGACAACCAACACCACCACUUCUGCAAGCUCCUCACCGUCACCGAGGUCGAAUACUACCGGAUCGGUGGCGGUGCUUACAAACACAGGCAAUCUCAUCCUACGGUCACCGGGCGGCAUGGUGUUGUGGCAGAGCUUUGACCACCCGACUGACACACUACUCCCUGGCAUGAAGAUAUGGAGGAGCCACAAGACGGAUGAAGGCAACCGCCUUGUUUCUUGGAAGGGCCCUGACGACCCUUCGCCUGGUGCCUUCUCCUUUGGUUGGGAGACAGACCAGUUCAUCCAAGCCUUCAUCCGGAACGGUUCGCUCCCGGAAUGGCGUGGCCUCGUGUGGACGGGAUUUACAGUGAGCAGCCAAUACGAUGCAAACACCAGCAUUGUGGUAUACGUGGCAUAUGAAGACACCGUCGAUGAGAUGUCUGCGAUCAUCACCGUAUCCGAUGGUGCACCGCACCUUAGGUCAGUGAUGAGCUACUCUGGUCGAGUAGAAGGACAUGUUUGGAAAAGGGAUUCGUCGGAGUGGGCAAUGCUUGGAGUGUAUCCGGACUAUGAGUGUAGCAGGUACGGGUACUGCGGGCCCUCUGGUUACUGCGACCACACUGAUGCUAACUCCCCAACUUGCAAGUGCUUUGAUGGGUUCGAGCCUGUGGACAAGGAAGAGUGGAACAAUGGCAGGUUCUCGCAGGGCUGCCGGCGAAAGGAGGCGUUUCAGUGCGGUGAUGGCUUCUUGGCGCUGCCGGAUAUGAAGGUGCCAGACAAGUUUGAGCGCAUCGGGAGAAAGACCUUCCAGGAGUGCGCAGCUGAGUGCAGUGCCAAUCGCUCUUGUGUGGCCUACGCCUAUGCGACACUGAAUGGGAGCACAGCCAAAGGUGAUGGCACACGGUGCCUUGUGUGGAUUGGUGACCACCGGCUUGUCGACGCGCAGAAGUUGGGCGUGCGUCCCUACAAUACUGCUGGUGCUGAUAGUCAGGAGACGUUAUAUCUCCGAGUUGCAGGCAUGCCAUCAGGUAAUGCAGGUAAAAGGACAAAGAACAACAAACUAAAAGUUAUGAUCCUAAUUUUAGCAGUUUUCAUUGUUCUCAGUUCCAUUUUACUUGUAUGGGUCCGCAAGUUCAGAGGAAGGAAAACAAAUACGGGAAAUCAGAAAAAGCUGAUGCAUGGAGGUUUUCCUACUUUAGACGAACUUGGAAGAGAAAAAAAUACCAAUGAUUUUGAACUUCCAUUUCUGAAAUUCCAAGAUAUUCUUGUAAUGACAAACAAUUUCUCCAGUACAUUUAUGAUCGGACAAGGUGGUUUCGGCAAAGUUUAUAAGGGGACAUUAGAAGGUGGUCGAGAGGUUGCAAUCAAAAGACUUAGUAGGGACUCAGACCAAGGAAAUCAGGAAUUCAGAAAUGAAGUUAUUCUAAUUGCCAAGCUACAACAUAGAAACCUGGUUCGACUUCUUGGUUGCUGCAUUGAGGGAGAUGAAAAGUUGUUGAUUUAUGAGUACCUGCCUAACAAAAGCUUGGAUGCCAUCAUUUUCAAUCAUGAAAGAAAUGCAACACUUGAUUGGCCAAUAAGGUUCGGGAUAAUCAAAGGAGUAGCUAGAGGACUUCUUUACCUCCAUCAUGAUUCAAGACUAACAAUAGUACACAGAGAUCUCAAAGCCAGUAAUAUUUUGCUAGAUGCAGAGAUGAGACCCAAGAUAGCAGACUUUGGUAUGGCAAGGAUCUUUGGUGACAACCAGGAAAAUGCAAAUACAAGAAGAGUUGUUGGGACAUAUGGUUAUAUGGCUCCUGAGUAUGCAAUGGAGGGCAUUUUCUCUGCGAAGACCGAUGUCUAUAGCUUUGGUGUCUUACUAUUGGAGGUUGUAAGUGGCAUCAAGAUAAGCUCUGUUGAUCGCAUUCCGAGUUACGCGAACCUAAUAGUCUAUGCAUGGAACCUUUGGAAGGAAGGGAAGGCAAAAGAUUUGGUAGACAAAUGUAUUGUGGAGAACUGCUUACUAGAUGAAGCUUCACUCUGCGUCCAUAUGGGGCUUUUGUGUGUACAAGAAAAUCCUGACGACAGGCCAUUCAUGUCUUCUGUUGUGCUCAACUUGGAGAAUGGAUGUACAACACUACCAGCGCCAAAUCACCCUGCAUAUUUCGUAAAGAGAAAUAGUGAUGAGGGGCAAAUGAGUGAAAGUAUUGUGAACUCUAAGAACACAGUGACUCUUACAGUCAUAGAGGGUAGAUAGAGUAA